UAUAAUAAAGGUUAUGAAUUUGUUUUUGUUAAAUUUUUACCAAAAUGUGUUUAAAUUUAAAAGCUAAUUAAUUUUGGUUAUAAUUAUCAAAAAUUCAACUGAUUAAAAUUUGAUUUUAGAUUAAAUUGCGUUUUAAUUUUUAAUUAUGGCCGACAAACCAAGAAAUUAUCUCGAUGAAUAUAAAAUCAAGCAAGAUCCAUAUGAUUGUGGUUUAGCUGAUGACUUAUGGGAUUUUGAACAAUUUAAAGAAAAAUUUAAGAUAAUUAUAAUUCGACAUGAAAAUAGUGAAAUAGAAUUUGAUAUGAUAGGAUGUCAUCCUAGCAUCGCAAAUGCUUUUCGUCGUAUUAUGCUUAGCGAAGUCCCAAGUAUGGCAAUCGAAAAGGUUUAUAUUUUCAAUAAUACAUCAAUUAUUCAAGAUGAAGUGUUAGCUCACCGUCUUGGUUUGAUUCCGCUAAAAGCUGAUCCCAGAUUAUUUGAAUAUAAAAGUGAAGAUAAUGAAGAUGGUACCGAACAUGAUACUUUAGAAUUUGAAUUAAAAGUUAAAUGCACAAAACGGAAAGAUAUUAAAGAUUCUUCUAACUUUGAUACAAUAUAUAAAAAUCAUAAAAUUUAUUCUGGACAAAUUAAGUGGUUACCUAAAGGUAAACAAGCGAGUAUUUAUAAUGAAAAUAGUGUGGGCCCAAUUCAUGAUGAUAUUUUAAUAAGCCAAAUGAGACCUGGUCAUGAAUUUGAUUUAAAAUUACUUGCUGUAAAAGGAAUUGGAAAGGAUCAUGCAAAAUUUUCACCAGUUGCUACAGUUUAUUAUCGUUUAUUACCAGAAAUUAAAUUAAACCGUGAAAUAUCUGGUAAAGAAGCUUUCUUGUUACAAAAAUGUUUCUCUCCAGGUGUUAUAGGUAUUGAUGAUAAUGAUUGCGCAUAUGUUAAAGAUGCUCGUUAUGAUGCAUGCAGUCGAAAUGUGUAUAGAUAUCCCCAAUUAGCGGAUUCAGUUACAAUGUCACGGAUACGUGAUCAUUAUAUAUUUAAUAUUGAAUCAGUUGGUGCCAUGAAUCCUGAAGUAAUAUUUAUUGAAGCUGUAAAAAUUUUAAAGAAAAAAUGUCGAAAAUUUAUUGAAGAAAUACAAGCAAAUUAAAUUUUAAUAAC